AAUCCAGAUUCGUAAAAACGUUCAGCUUCCUCAUCACUCUGAAUUAACCCCCGCCAAAAUGAAAUCCAAUUUCAAUUCCCUCCAUUUGCACCAAAUUGAAUUAAAUUAAAAAAAAAUCCAUAUCCACACUAUACUGAACAAUAAACAAAAAAUAAACAAAUAAAAAAAUAAAAACCUUCUCACAUUCUCAUUUCCAUGGCGGAAUUCGAAGCUCCCUCAUUCUCUCUAGGUCUCGAUCUUGACGACACUCCCCCACCUUCUCCUCCUCCCUCCCCCAUCCCCGACCCGCUCCUUCAAGUCCCCGACUCCGAUCCGGAAACCCGACCCGAUCCACCAUCUCGUACACUCAAACGCCUCCGUCGAGGUCCCCCUUCCUCCUCCAUCCACCACGAAACGGAACCGCUACCUUCAUACUUUGACGCCGAUGACGAUAUCGAGGAGUUCUCUUCACCAGAAAAACCCGUUCAAGGAUGUAGCAGUUCGGUUAAGAAUCGAUCUGUAUGUAGCAGCUCAAAAGUCUCGUUGAAAAGUGUUGGAGUUUUAACUCCCCAUUCAUUUACCAACUCUAGUGGGAAGAACAAAAGAAAACAUGCUUCUAGUCCUGUUCGCAGGUUUCAAUUGCUUGAUUCUGAUUCUGAUGAUUCUGAUGAUUCUGAUGAUGAUGAUAUGUUUGGUGAGGAUAUUGGUGGUGUUAAUAAAGUUGGCCCCUCAGUUGGGCCAUUGGGUAACCAUAGUGCGCCUUUCACUUCUUUGGAACAAGAUGGAAAGACGCAAUUUGAUGUGAACCAAAGGUGGAAUUUAUGGAAAGAUAUUUCUCCGGUGAAGAAUAUUUCCGUUCCUACACCUGCGUUCAAUGAUAUGUUUGAAGAGUACUUUAGUUCGGCCAAGAACAUGGAAGUGCCAAGAUCAGGGAUUGGUAUAUCUGAAAAUCAUAAUGAGAUGUAUCGUGGUGUUGAUUCUGGUCUGCAGCAGGAUGAACAGAUAUGGGAGGUGACAGGUCCACUUCCUCCUGCUCAUUGUUAUUUUUUCAAUGAGGAUCCAAGAAUUCAACAUUUGGUACGGAGUCGCCUGUGUAAUUUUUCUCCAUUAGGUGUCAACGGAGUGAAUCAGCAACAAAAUGUCUCUCAUAUCGAUUACAUGGGACAAUUUGACAAUGGGGGAGCUUCUAAAAUGCCAGGAGUUCAGAAAGGGCGUGUUAAUGGCUCAACAAGCAGAAGAAGCAAAUCAGCAAAUUUGAAUGUUCAAGAAACCUUUAAUGCUUCUGAAGGUUGGGUGGCUCCCAAAAUCAGUUCUCCUCUCGGCAGUGGAACAUCCAGUAGAAAGAAAGCAACAAAGAGAAACAGCACUAAGAGCAGUGUGUCAAAAAGAAAAAGUGCACAAAGCAUAUUAAAUCCUUCAAAUGUUUCGGGAAAUUGGGUGGAACCCAAGAGCCGCACUAUGCCGAAAGAUGCAGGUAGGAGACGUGUCCAAGCAAGUGGGCAAUCUGCUGGUCAAUCUACUGGUCAUUGGUUUACAGGAUCCGAUGGAAGAAAGGUUUAUGUCAGCAAAAAUGGACAAGAGAUGACUGGCCGAAGUGCUUACAUACAUUAUCGGAAGGAGAGUGGAUCAGGAUUCAAGAAAUCCAAAAAGAAAACACGUACCAAGAAGGGAAACUAAACAUUUGAUGCAACUUAUUGUUCCGGCCAGGUGCACAUUCAAUCACUUUUUUCACAGAAUCCGGUAAAUUACUUGUUGAUCUAUGGCUAGUAUUACUCAGAAGGUUGGUUGUGUUCAAUUGCCAUAAACUUCUGGAGUUGUUCUGGAUGGGGCAAGGAAGUACAUGUUUGGGGCUUUUGUUGCUUAUCCGGAUGGUUCUGUAAUAUGCAUCAAGAUCUAAGGUCUUGUCACCAUGACUGUAGCUUUAAGAUAUUGAUUCACUUUUUAAUUUCACCCACUAAGCCUUGAUUCACCACAUGGUUACUUAGUGCUAUCCCAAUUUGUAAAUGAGACAAUGGUGUACAAAAAGAAGGAAAAAAUGGUUGAAGUUACUGAAGACAUUGAGAAAACCCUUUUUUCUAUCUCGCAUUGAGUGUACAAGAAACUUUAAGUAUUCUAGCUUUAUCUAUGAACGUUUACUUUUAA